AUGUUGGGAGCUGGCCAGCGGGUUGGGGUCCAGUUUAAAGCCAAUUCAAAACGAGGUAGCAGCGCAAUCUGCCGGCAUCUUCUUUCGCCCGACUUGCUGCGGCUGGGUCCGAGCGCCGGCUCCCCGACCAUAUUCCGGCCGCUCCGCCACCUCCGUUCCCGGCCGAAAUUUGAAAAAGGAAAAAAACGACGCCAUCGACUGGAGGACCCCGCCAGCCAGGACUGGUCACCCGCAGAGGAGGAGGAGAAGGAGCAGGACGACGACAACGACGAAGCGGGUGGCGGCGCUGGCGCCAGGGACCGGCGUCCCUCCUUGGCGCGCCGGCGGCCCGGGCGCGAUCCUCGAGCUGGGGCCAAGCAGCCGCCGCCCCCAGGGGUCUUGCCCGCGUCCAGUUCCGUCCCUGCACCCCCGCCCCUGUCGCACCGGGAGCUCAGCCACAGAUGUCCAGCCACAAUUCUCGGUUGGCCGCAGACUCGUACAAGAAUUGCGUUUGGACAAUCAGUGGCGAAGCCCCUGAGUUCGGGGCCCGGUCUCCUGCGAGGUUCCACUUCGCUCCUUCGGAAGCUCAGGACAGGAGAUCUGCGGAGCUGCGCAUCCAGCCGCCUCGCGGACCUCGGCAGUGGCGCCCAUCCCGCGGUAAGGUGGACGAGCAGGCACGCGGGCCGACCCGGCGUGGGGAUCCCCAUCGUCCUGGCGUGGGUCUCCUUCGGUCGCGGCCCAGGGUCCCUAGAGUAGCCCGCGUUGGGUCUCGGCUUCGCCCCAGUCAGGAGAAUCUCCUCUGUCAGGCCCGGGGAACCCCGACUCCCUUUCCCCGCCCCCAGCCGGGGCUCCUCGGGCUCGCCGGGAAUCUGGAAAGCAGGAGCCCGCGGCCGGUGGCAU